UUAUUGUACAGACCCAAAUUCUUUUGAGUACUAUAUUGUUUAAUUAUUAAUUCUGCCUUUUACUCCUACUCAUGCUGUAGACUGUGUGUACGAAUAUCAGUUCUUUAAUGUUUUGAAAGCUUCAGCCAUGAAAGGUUCUUAAAGUCAUUCUUCAAAAUUCAAGUGCACAGUUUUCUGGUUAAUAAUCACUCACUGAACAAAUAAAGAUCUUUCCAUGACAAACUCACUAAAUGGCCAGGGGGUGAGGGGGAUACAGGCUUAUGUUCAUUCUCUUACAUAUAGAUCAGCUGGAGUUAUCUCCCAAAUAUAAAGAGAGAACACACACUCCUUCUGUCCUAAACUUUCCCCCUCAGUUACACUCUCUGUUCCUCUCAUUGUAUGUGUGAGUUUGGUUCUGUGUAUAAUCCAGAGUGUGUGUUUCCGAACAUCCCAGGAACAGACUCAGCAUUUCCUUUCCCUCAGUCAGUUCCUGCGUCGACUCAGAGUUGCUCUAAAGUUGGAGAAGGACUCAGGAAUUUAUAACGGCAGCAAACAGACAAUCACAGGAGAGAAUCACAAGAUCUGUGACGUCUCAGCACAAAGACAUUGGCAACGCAUUCUGCAAGGUGUCUGAAAAACCUGUGUCAUAUAAUACUCUUCUCUCAUUACACUUUUUAUUACACGUAGUGCUUGUCAGAUGACAGUCUCAACAUGGUGUGAGUAUUUAGAAUAUAUCUGAAUACUGUUCUCUGACUGCUCUGCCAUCAUGAUAUAAAUGGUGUAUAAAUAUCAUAAUAUAGAGAAGAUCUGAGCUGAUGAAAAUGCUCAUGUAUCUGAGUCUGUCAUCUGAGUCCUGCACUUAAAGCAGUGAGUGCUUUGCAGACUCUUCUUGGCCUGGGCCUCAAUACAGACUGCUCUGCCUUGUUGUUGAAGGUUAUUGGGGCAGUAUGCAACCUGAAAAAAUACCUACAGAGAUUAAGCCUGAAAAAAGUUAGAUGAUUUGUGUGUAAUACAUACAUACACUGAUCAGCCACAGCAUUAAAACCACUGACAGGUGAAGUGAAUAACAUCAAUCAUCUCUUUACAAUAAACAAAGUCCUGCUGGGAAACCUUGGGGCCUGAUAUUCAUCUGGAUGUUACUUUGAUACAUGCCACCCAAUUUAACAUUGUUGUAGACCAAGCACACCUCCCCAUGGCAAACACACUCCCCAAUGGCAGGGGCCUCCCCCAGCAGCACAAUGCUCCAACCACACCAUAAAAACUGCUCAGGAAUGGCUCAAGGAACACGACAAAGAGCCCAAGGUGUUGACCUGACCUCCAAAUCCCACCAAUCCAACAUCUGUGGGAUGCAAAAAAUAUAAUCUAAAAGAGGCACAGGCAGAUAAAAAUGAAAGCGCAAGAAGCAAACUCUAUAAUAAACAUAUAUGUGCAGUUAUAUAAAAAAAGGUAUAUAAAAAAAAACAAAAAACAAAAAAAAGGUCCAUAGUGCAGGUUUAUUGUUGGGUCAGUCUGGUGUUGUACAGCCUGAUGGCUGUUGGAAUGAAUGACCUGCGGUAGCGCUCCUUCUUGCACCGCGGAUGCAGCAGUCUGUUACUGAAGGAGCUACUCAGGUCUCCCAAAGUCUCAUGCAGGGGGUGAGGGGUUGUCCAUGAUAGACGUCAGCUUGGCCAACAUCCUCCUCUCACCCACCUUCUCAGUGGAGUCCAGAGAGCAGUCCAGGACAGAGCCGGCCCGUCUGACCAGCUUAUUCAGUCUCUCCCUGUCUCUCUCUGAGGAUCCACUGCUCCAGCAGACCACUGCAUGAAAGAUGGCAGAGGCCACCACAGAGUCAUAGAAAGUCCUCAGCAGUGACCUGCACACUCCGAAGGACCUCAGUCUUCUCAGCAGGUGGAGACGACUCUGGCCCUUCUUGUACAGGGCGUUGGUGUUAUGGAGCAGCUGACAGUGAGGUCUGUAGAAGUUGCUGCACAGUGGUGAUGGGAAACAAAUCAGAAAGGAAAGCUGAAGCAAAACGUUUUCUUUAUGUGCAUAUUUCAGAAUCCUCAUCAGUUAAAAGAAUAAUAUAAUCACAACACUGAGAUAUGACUACAUUGGAUUUUUGAUGAGGAGAGGUGUGCUGUGGUUAAAUGUCACAUCCAAAAAGUAAAAUCUGCCAGUGGGAUUCAUCACAAUCUGACAACCCAGAAGUUACUGCAUCAAUGGACAGACACUGAUCAAUAUUAAACAUUAGUAAAUAAUUCAACCUAAUUAUUAAAAUUUAAAAGGGUGCCUUAUUAGAAAGUAGUAGGCUUCGAUUACACUGAUAAAAUGGUCACUCUCCUAUUGUAAAACUUUAGAGGGCGCUACUUAUGGAUACCGAUCUUCCGAAUUCAGCCAUUACUCUAACUCUGGUGUGUGUAUGUCAAGCAAAAAUAAUAUCAAAAAGACCACUUCCUUUAAUGAUUUCAAAAUAAAAGUCUGAUUGAUGAAGCUAAAUCCAGGCAAAUAUUUGACCUAAUGAUGCCUUUAUUUUGAAGAUAGAUUGCUAUGAUAUCCGGUACUACUCGUGCAAACUCUGAGAAACCUAACUACUGUCUGUCAGCAUCAUCCAAACAUUAGCUCGCUGAGUAGCUUUUAGCUAGCUAAACUCUCCAUAAACUAAGCUCAGCGAAUCUAUGAGUCGCAAAAGAAACUACAGUUUCGCUGACACGAGCCUCUCUCCUGAACUCCACGGCGCCUUCAUGGAGCCUCCCGGGUCAGCAAGCCGAGCCGACAGCGAUUUCCUGGAGCUGGAGCCCGACGAGGAGCUGCUCUGCUCGGUCAGCGACAUCACCGAGCACCUAGGCAGAAACAUCACCGUGGUGCUGGAGACAGCGCUGUCUGAGAUCCGCAAAAUGGUCAGCAUCAGGAUACGAGUCCUGAAAAUGGAGCUACGUGAAAAAACGGAAGAGAUUGAAGUGUUAAAGGCGAGACUGGAUACAGUUCAGAGGGAUGGCAGGGAGCCUUUCCCCGGCGUUACAACCACGGAACCAUCUACGGAGGCGGGCUACAAGAAACCUGAUUUCACCUCCGGAACCAAGCACAACAACGCCGACCCCAGGAGAACCAAAGCUGUCAUGCCUGGUGUGAAAAAGGAGAAUAUAGAUGCUAUUUGUGACUAUCUGAUGAAAGACAAGAACUCGAGGGGUUGUGCUGAAAUGGACGGAGACCAGAGCGGUCAAGCCAGCGGCGAGAGGGAGGCUCGCCAAGAGCAGGACCCGCACUCUCUCAGCCUGUGGCCUGACAGCGGGAUGGCUGGCUCCGGGUCUGGGCACGGAGACUCCGAGUCCACCACAGAUGACAUCUUCAGUAUGCUCCCCUCAGGCAGCAAACGGAUGUAUGACUACGAAUGGAUAGCACCAAUCGAGUAUUCCUCAGACCUCAAAGUCAUGAAGGAGUCUGAGUGUGAGAACACCCUGACUAGUGAGACGGAUAAUGAUGACAAAGAUGAGACAUCGAGGAGGGAGGAGGAUGGACUUGACCAGGCCCAGGUUCCGCUCUCACAUGUCCAGCCCUCUGACUUCUCCAUGGAGACCCAGAGCUCUUCGGUGGAGGGAGGGAGUCCCCUGGAGGUCAGCGCAGACAGGCCCGAGCCAGGUCAGCAGUUCCCCAGUCACACCUACAUCUGCUCUCUGUGUGGAACCUUCUGCCCUGACUCUGUAUUCCUGGAAGAACAUAUUAAACUGAUACACUCAGACUCUGCUGGUGCCCAGACUCUCCAGGCCCUGCAGUCCACCUCCUCUUCUGCACCCAGCAUGGGGCAUGGCAGCAGUGACUCCAGAAGGGGUGAGGGAGGGCAGAACGAGGAUGGCACAAGACCGGGGGCUGGUAUCGGCAUCAGUCGGGGAGGAGGCCUUGUGAAAAAGGAGAUUAAAAUUGAGGGGGGGUAUGAAUGUGGAGACUGUGGCCGCCAUUUUAACUACCUUGGCAAUCUGCGGCAGCACCAGCGUAUACACACUGGGGAGAAGCCCUUCAUGUGUCCAGAGUGUGGGGAGAGGUUCCGCCAUGCAGCCCGGUUAAAGAGCCACAGGCUAGUGCACAGCGGAGCCCAGAGCCCCUUCCCCUGCCCCCAGUGUGGCAAAGGUUUCUCAGUGCUGUCUGGACUCAAGAGACACCAACGGGUGCACACUGGUGAGAGCCCAUACGCCUGUCCUCAGUGUGGUCGACGUUUUAAGGAGCUCGGGAACCUGUACACUCACCAGAGGAUCCACAGCGGUGCCACACCUUACUGCUGCCAGCAGUGUGGGCGCAGCUUCCGCCAUCUGGGAACUUACAAGAGCCACCGCUGCACCCCAGCACAGUAACCAGUCUGGCUGCUACGCUCUCUACGCUCUCACUAACCACUGAUACCAUGAAAUAUAAAAGCACGUGGUGCUGACUUUGAGGUGUGUGUCUUCAUUGUGUGGCUGUCUGAUGUCACUGUAGGAGGUGCUGCUCAUGUAGAGAACCAGGCUGGUUUUCAUAAGAUGCUGCCCAAGCUUUCAUAUUCUGCUGCAUUCAUGGCAUUUCUCCUCAGGCAUCAAGCAACACUGUGUUGUUGAGUUUGAACGUUCAUUCUAGACUGUGGAAACAGCAGCCAAAGUCUCAACUCAAGAUCCAGAUCCUUGUUUGUUAAAAAGCUUUCAAUGAUAGCUUACAGUCCUCAUCAGCAGAUAGAGUUUGCUCAGUUAUCAAAAGUUCAGUUCAGUUCAGGUGAAUUUUAUUUAUAUAGUAUCAGAAUCACAACAGAAGUUAUCUCAAGCCACUUUUCAUACAGAGCCAGUCUAGACCAUACUUUAAUACUAUAAUAUUCACAAAGGGAGACCCAACAGUUCCCACUAUGAGCAAGCACAAGGUGACAAUGGGAAGGGAAAACUUCCUUUUAAGAGGCAGAAACUUCCAGCAGAACCAGACUCAGGGUGGGCGGUCAGAAAUCUUUGAGCACCUACAGUUCUGUUAAAACUGAGAAAACUCCAUCUGCUCAAACCUGAGUUGAGUUAGUUUUGUUUAAGAGCUGUAUCAAGACAGAGUAUUCAGUACUAGCAGUAAGAGGUGUUUGGUGGAUCCCGGUCCACAACCAAGGAGGAGGACCUUCCCUUUUUUGAACUGGACUGCAUCAAUGCUGACGACAAAGGACUGUUACAGUGGUUUUGCAUGUUUCAGCCCAUUUCCAUUCAUUUUGAUAUACUUUAAAGGAUAAAUCCAGUUUACCAUAAUUCACAAUUCUUGACAUAUCUUUUUUCCAUCAUUUCCAAAAUGCAUGAACACUGUGCAAAAAUACAAAUCCAUCAAACAAUUAGUCAGGAAACAGUUUAUCCACAGUAUCAAACUGAGAUAAGGUUAGGUUCUGUUAGCCCUGUCACCCCCUGAUUCACUAAGUUUCAGCACAAACAAGUCUUUAUUUAACCUUUUAUCUCUUUUUUUGCUGUGACCAAGGACCAGCACUACAAAAAACAAUAACAACAAAAAAAUCAUACAACAAGGAAAAAAGAAAGAAAGAAUGUUAAAAACAGUAAGUUACAUUCAUCUGGAGCUUGGUGAAAUACAACAGAGAAAGCAUUUGAAUAGAUGUAGGUCUAGAUGAAUCCAUUUAUUGGUUUGCUCCUUGAUCUACUGAGCCUCCAGUAGACCUGUCAUGACCCAACUCUGGAGACGGAUGGAUCUGUAAGAGGAACACUGGGACAUCGUCACCUACAUGUGGACUAUCUGUGUAACUGCAACAAAAAAGAUGUGGGUCAUACAGCACUGCUGAUUGUCUUUCAUCAUGAUACUGUUUGGUGCUAUGUGUAGAGCAGAAAGUUUAUCAUAUAAUUUUUAACCAGUGUAAUCUAAUGUUACAGACUAUAUAUUGGUUAUUUUAUAUGUUUGCCUGUAUGACAACUAUUAAAUUCUGUGAUGAUAGAAAAAAACAUACUUGAAGGAAAAUAAAAUGCCAAGUGUCUGGUGGGUUUA